AUAGAAACAAGAUGAGAAUUUUGUUUGCAACCAAGAUGGUUUGUGCUAAAAGCAAACAUUUCACCUGCAUGACGAAGAAGGAAAAAUUAGUCAGAGAAAUCACAAACAAGAAACAAAUGAAGAAGACGCAAAUUUGGAACAAAAAUAAAGAGUAUACAGAGAGAGGAGAGAAUAACCUAAUGUAAACCGGCGUGUGUGCUCACAGAGGAGAUGCUGCUGCUGGCAAGUCCCACUUGUGUGUUUGGGCGUUUGAAGAAGAAAGUGUUCCCUCACGGAACAAGGAGAUGAGUUUUGUGAAGUUCACACCAACUGAUUCUUCGUUCGAAGUUUGGAUAGAGCACUUGAGUGGAAGCUUGGAAAAAAAAUCCAAUCUUGGUCAUACUUGGAAGGAAGAUUGUCAUGUCGUACACUGCUAAGACAACAAGCUUAAGGUAUGCCAUUCCCAAAUUUAGUGUCUUUCUGAGGUUCUUUUCUAAUUCCCAAAACCAUAACGCCAAAAGCAAUUCUGGGUUUGAUGCCAUUGGUGAUGCUGUGGCCUUAUUCAGUCGCUUAAUCACUAUGCACCCUCUUCCAUCUGUUGUAGAAUUUAACAUGAUUUUAGGGUCAGUAGUGAAGAUGAAGCAUUACUCUACUGCUAUAUCAUUGUUUAAAGAAAUGGGGUUGAGAGGACUCACCCCUUCUAUAGUGUCUUUGAGUAUCUUGAUCAAUUGUUACUGUCACUUGGGUCACAUGGGUUUUGCCUUUUCAGUGUUGGGCAUGGUUCUCAAGAUGGGUUAUCAGCCCAAUGCAGUAACCUUGACCACGCUCAUGAGAGGGCUUUGUGUCAAUGGUGAGGUUAGGAAAGCAGUGGACUUUCAUGAUAGCGUGGUGGCUCAGGGGUUCCUGUUGGAUGAAGUUAGUUAUGGGACCUUGAUCAAUGGGCUGUGUAAAAUAGGACAGGUAAGAGACGCCUUUGAGUUCCUGCAGAAAAUGGAAGUGCAAAUGGUUAGGCCUAAUGUAGUAAUCUACAAUAUGAUGAUUGAUGGUUUGUGCAAAGAUGAAUGUGUAACUGAGGCGUAUGGUUUAUAUUCAGAGAUUGUUGGCCGGGGAAUAAGUCCUGAUAUUUUUACUUACACUUGUCUGAUUCAUGGUUUUUGUAGUUUGGGGCAGUGGCGAGAAGUUACCCAGUUGUUGUGUGAUAUGGUUGACAAAAAGGUCAACCCAAAUGUUUAUACCUAUAACAUACUAAUUGAUGCAUUAUGUAAAAACAGAAUGUUCACUAAAGCUCAUGAUAUGUGUAAUUUGAUGAUUGAAAGAGGUGAACAACCAGAUGUAGUUACUUUCAACACUUUGAUGAGUGGAUAUUGCUUGUACAAUGAUGUGGAUGAGGCAAGAAAGUUAUUUGAUACAUUUGUUGAAUGGGAUAUUGUGCCUGAUGUUUGGAGUUAUAACAUCUUGAUUAUUGGGUAUUGCAAGAUUAAAAGGAUUGAUGAAGCUUUGAUCCUCUUCAAUAAAAUGCAUUGCACCAAUUUGGUUCCUAAUAUUGUAACUUACAGUUCUGUUAUUGAUGGCUUGUGCAAAUCUGGGAGAAUCUCUUACGCGUGGGAACUUUUUAGUGCAAUUUGUGAUGGUGGUCCAUCCCCUAAUGUUAUCACUUACAAUAUCAUGUUAGAUGCUCUUUGCAAAAUUCAACUUAUGGACGAUGCAAUUGGAUUAUUUAACCGAAUGUUUGAAAGGGGAUUGACUCCUAAUGUUUCGAGUUAUAACAUCUUGAUUAAUGGGUAUUGCAAGAGUAAGAGGAUUGGUGAAGCCAUGAACCUUUUCAAAGAAAUGGAUCACAGAAAUUUGGUUCCUGAUUCUGUAACUUAUAAUUCCCUCAUUGAUGGGUUGUGUAAAUCUGGAAGAGUCUCUCAUGCAUGGGAGCUUUUCUAUGCGAUGCAUGAUGGUGGUAUGCCAGUUAAUGUUAUCAGUUAUAAUGUCUUGUUAGAUGCUUUUUCCUAAGCACACCAUGUUUUCUGGGAAAGUUAUUAUUAAACCUAAUGUUUGAAAGGGGAUUGACUUCUUAUGGUUUUAGCCAUUGCAUCUUGAUCGAUGAAUAUUGCGAGGGUAAAAGGAUGGAAGAAGCUAUGAAUCUCUUCAGAGAUAUGGGUUGCAACAGUUUGAUUUUUGAUUCUAUAAACUCAUCUUUGCUAUUAAUGGCUCAGGAAUCUGGGAGAAUCUCAUCUGCAUGGGAACUCGUGGAUGAUAUAUGUAUAUGAUAAUGGAUGGCCAUCUAUUACUUACAAGUUACAAUAUCUUGUUAGAUGGUUUUUUUCAAAACCAGCAACUCGACAAGGUGACUAUUUUAAUUCAGUGCUGUCAAAAAAUAAUUCUUUGACAGGUGCAAAUUGCCCAAUGGGUUGGUUUUACAGAGAUCAAAUACUUAACAUUGCACUAGAGAUUUUUCAGCAUUUUGGUUGAACUUGUUAAUGUUGUCACAUGUAACACCAUUAUCAAUGGACUCUGCUUAGAAGGUUUGUUCAGUGAAGUAGUGAGAUUUUUAAUGGACGUAAAAAUGAGAAUGAUAAAGCAUAGGAGCUACUUCAAGAAAUGUUUGCUGGAGAUCAGAACAAAUGAUAAAACCUGGUGAGAUACAGCAGCUAAUUCACGCUGAAAUCUAUACUUCUAUACUUCCAUAAAGAUAGGUUUGGAUAAAUGCUUAGCAAAUCAUUUUUGCAGCUUUGAUGUAGGUUGAAACCCAUGGAAAAUUCAUUGUUGCAUAUAGUCUUGCAUGGUCAUCUCGAAUAGUUCAUGAAAGGUGGCACUCUCUUGAGGUAAACAAUGUUUUUGUGAGAAUAUUUCAGGCAAUUUACAUUUAUCUUGGAAUAACUUAUCUAUUUCUUAAAUCAACAAUAGUGCAUAUAAGAUUUAGCAUGUAAAUUCUAAUGUAAUUAACAAGAGUCAACUUUCUUUAUGUACAUUGCUUUUUAAAUUUCUGUGGUUGUUUCUUUUAUGUUUUAUUUCUAUUCUUAUUUUUUGCUUCGAUGAAGGUUUCUUGCUCUCCUUUAGUCUCUCAAGAGCUUUCAUAUGUCUUCCUCUGUUGUUCUACCAGAAUAUACAUAAUGUAUUAUAAUCUCUUUUACAUCUACCAAUUUGAAUUAAUUAAUGAACACUACUUGUUGCUGGAGGAACAAUUUGGAUUGACAUGUAACUACGUAUUAAAUGUCAGCAUAUCGUAUUGAAGUUCAAUUUUCAAUGAAUGUCUGGUUUGUCACAGAAGAUGUCGAUUAUCAGUUUAUUCUUAAUGAAAUCAUUAAGGCUUCUUUAAUGUUUCUGCUAGGCUCUCCCAUACUAUCUCUGAAUAUGUUGAACUACCAGGAUCAGGUAAAGGAAUUGGAAACCACAGCAAAAAAAUUAAAAGGGCAGUUCAUGAGCAUAAACAGUUGGUGUGGAAGGACCUGAACCCCAAAAGUUGUUCACCAUUAAUGUUAUUUCUGUAAUCCUUGGUGCAAAUUGUACUGCUUUAAUAAUUGCUUGUUCUGGUUAGAUUUUUUAAAAGAAGAAAGAUAGAAAUUGAGAUUCAACUGAGGGUUGAAAAUUCAAACCCAAUUUUCUGUAUUGAAUUUACUCUUAGAUGUGUUGAUUUCAUUGUUCA